AUCACCCAGCAACCCCAUCUGUAAGACCACCUCCUCGCUGGCGCCCUCUGACCUUCUCUGCCUGGUAUAUAUAGCCACAGAAGCUACCAGAGGUCCCCUGGCAGCCAACAUGAAGGUCUUAGUCUCGCUCUGCUUCUUUGUACCCCUCCUGGUACUGGCCACAGCAGAGGAGGAAGAGGAGGUUCUGCAAUCCAUCCUGAGGGACAGAUCUCACAUCGAGGAAACUCUCCGGCUCGCAGCAGAUGAGAAAGCAGGAGACUUUGCUGCUGCUUUGCAGAGAUUGAGGAAGAUCUACCACAACUCCAUCAGACCCAUGGAACAGGCCUACAAGUACAAUGAACUCAGACAACAUGAGAUCUCAGCCUAUCCUGGACGCACACUGGGGGAUUCAGCUACAGAUGGAGAAAUCACCUCCAAGCCCAUGGUGCUGUUCCUUGGACCCUGGAGUGUGGGCAAGUCCUCCAUGAUCAACUAUUUGUUGGGUCUGCAGGACACUCCCUACCAGCUGUACACAGGUGCUGAGCCCACUACCUCAGAGUUUACCGUCAUCAUGCACGGCGAAAAGAUCCGUACGGUGGAGGGCAUAGUCAUGGCUGCUGACAGCUCUCGCUCCUUCUCCCCACUGGAAAAGUUUGGCCAGAACUUUUUGGAGAAGCUAGUUGGUAUCGAGAUGCCCCACAAGCUCCUGGAGCGGGUGACUUUCGUGGACACACCAGGAAUUAUUGAGAACCGCAAGCAGCAGGAAAGAGGCUACCCAUUCAACGAUGUGUGCCAGUGGUUUAUCGAUCGUGCAGACCUGAUUUUCGUGGUGUUUGACCCCACCAAGCUGGAUGUAGGUCUCGAGUUGGAGAUGCUCUUCAGGCAGUUGAAAGGUCGAGAAUCGCAGAUCCGUAUCAUCCUAAAUAAGGCUGACAAUUUGGUGACCCAGGACCUCAUGCGUGUCUACGGCGCUCUCUUCUGGAGUCUGGCGCCCCUCAUUAACGUGACUGAACCACCGCGUGUCUACGUCAGCUCUUUCUGGCCCUACGACUAUGCCCCCGACACCAGCCGUGAGCUCUUCAAACGUGAAGAAAUAUCUUUGCUAGAAGACCUGAACCAAGUGAUCGAGAACCGUCUGGAGAACAAAAUCGCCUUCAUCCGCCAACACGGCAUCCGCGUUCGCAUUCACGCCCUCUUGGUGGAUCGCUAUGUGCAGACAUUCAAGGAAAAGAUGAGCUUCUUCAGCGAUCCCGAACUGGUAUUCAAAGAGAUUGUAGAAGAUCCCGACAAGUUCUACAUUUUCAAGUCUAUCCUGGCCAAAACCAACGUCAGCAAGUUUGACCUUCCCAACCGAGAUGCUUACCGUGACUUCUUCGGAAUCAACCCAGUGAGCAGCUUCAAGUCACUCUCCGCCCAGUGCUCCUACAUUGGCGGUUGCCUGCUGGAGAAGAUUGAGAAGGCCAUAACCCACGAACUGCCCGGCUUGCUCAGCAGCAUCAACUCUGGUAAGAACCCGACUCUGUCCUCCUGCGAGGCCACUGGAUGCGGGGAGAAGCCCAAGAACCGAUACCGGCGAAACUGAGAGGAGAUAUAGAGGCGGUAGGGAGAUUGAGGAGGAGGAAGAGUGCAAGAAUGGAGGGGAUGUGGAGCAAACAAACAGAGAAAGAGCAGUAGAGCUAAUCCUGCUCUUGCUACAGGUCCGUUUCGGAGUCAUUAGAAACGGAUCUCAUGGGACUUUAUUUUUUCUUCAGAAGAACAAAGAGGUUGUGUGUUGGUGAAGUUUGAGGGAGGGGGACUCUGGGUUUUGGUUGGAGGGAGGUUUUUUUGUGAAGUCUUGAGGUGGAGCUACCUGUGAAUGUGAGGAGAGUUCGCCAGAAAUAACUCUCCUCUCUUUCCGCACUACUUUUAUAAACUAUCCACUGUUUUGGAGGGAAAAUGUGUACAUGGAAAACAAAAUGGCUGACACACUUGAAACAUGUACAAAAAAAAUAGCAAAAAUAAAACAUCCUGUGAACAUAAAUGUGUUGCUGCCGUGAAUGUGAACAAAAAAGGAAAAAAGAAAAGGUGUAACAGCUUUGCUUGCAGAUUUUGUAUCCAUAAAACGCUUGCCAUUUUUUCAACAUAAUGACUAUAGAGUAGCCUAUACAGUCAGUUCCCUGUUCAUAAAUUUUUCUAAUGUCUUUAGCAUUGAUUUAAUCACUUGCAUUUGUUGGUAAUUAGUAAAUAUGGAUUUUUAUCUCACUCUCUCCUGUGAGAUAUUGAUAAGCUAAGUCUCUGGGUUUUGCAAUAAAUAAUUUUUACUUUGCAUGGUAUAGGAGACAAAUGAUGUUAAAGCUGUGUUUGAUUUCUCUCACACAUUUCCGUUUAUCCACUUUCUAUACAAGGACAAUCUGUUCAGAAUUCCACAGUUAAAGGUUAGGGUAUACUUCGUUUAUCCACGUGCUGUUACUUCUUAUGCAUGGUCGAGCAUUCUAACGUUUUAAAGACCGUGAGCCUUUAUGGAUGCAUUUGCCACAUUAUGAAUGCUUUGUGAUGCUCUUUAAGCCCAAAGUAAACUUCGGUUUUAUACUAGCAUAUGAUUACAGUCAAACACUCUAACCAUUAAAAGUUGACUCUAUUUGACAGUCAUUCGAUAGUGAUGUAAAUGACACCAUCAGUAGGGUUGGCGAGAACUGUGAGUGCACAGCCGGAUUUUUCUAAACCGAAGCGCACACAGUGUUAAAUUUACGUCACUAUACGUUAGGUAAAGUAUACUUAAAAACCCGAAGUAUACUUUGGGCUGAACGAGCAUAGUUUUUGCAUCACGUGUACUGUGCAUGAGAUAUAGCAACAGGUGGAAAACCUAAGUAUACUUAGCCCUUAAUAGCCAGGUCUUAUGUAAUUGUAGGGGUUUUGUGUGGAAGAAUAAUGUAUUACUUUAGAUAUCUAGCUAGAUAUUAUUCAGAAGUGUUCAGGGUGAGUUUUCUAAGCUUUAUGCUUUUCGAAUCCUUUUUGCCUCAGUUAUGAUGUAUGGUGAAUAGAAUAACACUUUUACUUCUCAGUGAAAAACAGUUUCUAUGAGAGCGACUUAAUAGCAAUAAAAGUGUUAUUAACCUGA